AUGUUUGUCUCACAGGUGGAUCCGGCGUCCGUUGGGAGAAUCGGGGCCAGUGAGGCUGCUUUGUUCCUUAAAAAGUCCGGCCUCGCAGAUGCCAUUCUUGGGAAAAUAUGGGACUUGGCAGAUCCUGAGGGUAAAGGAUUCCUAGACAAACAGGGUUUCUUCAUUGCGCUGCGGCUGGUGGCCUGUGCACAGAGUGGCCAGGAGGUCAGCCUGAGCAACCUGAACCUGGUAUUGCCACCUCCAAAAUUUCACGACAGUCCCAGCCCCAUGCAGGUCUCCUCUUCGUCAGACGGCCACUGGGCGGUCAGGGUGGAAGAGAAAGCCAAGUUUGAUGGCAUUUUUGAAAGCCUUUUGCCAGUAAACGGUUUACUUUCGGGAGACAAAGUGAAGCCAGUGUUGAUGAACUCUAAACUACCUCUUGAUAUUCUUGGAAGGGUCUGGGAUCUCAGCGACAUUGACAAAGAUGGUCAUCUCGACAAAGAUGAAUUUGCUGUGGCAAUGCACCUGGUCUAUCGCGCCCUUGAGAAGGAGCCCGUCCCCUCUGUCUUGCCCCCGUCUCUCGUCCCGCCUUCCAAGCGGAAGAAGAUGCCCGCCUUCCCUGGAGCAGUCCCUGUUCUUCCUGCUAGCCCUCCUCCCCCCAAAGACAGCCUGCGCUCCACCCCCUCCCACGGCAGCGUCAACAGCCUGAACAGCACAGGGAGCCUCUCGCCCAAGCACAGCCUCAAGCAAGCUCAGGCCCCUGCGACCUGGGUGGUGCCGGUGACCGACAAGGCUCGCUAUGACGAGAUUUUCUUGAAAACAGACUUGGACCUGGAUGGGUUUGUGAGCGGUCUGGAAGUGAAGGACAUCUUCAUGCACUCCGGUCUUUCCCAGAAGCUCUUAGCACACAUAUGGGCCUUGGCCGACACGAGGCAGAUGGGGAAGCUGAAUAAAGACCAGUUUGCGCUCGCCAUGUUCCUCAUUCAGCAGAAGGUCAGUAAAGGCAUCGAUCCUCCGCAGGUGUUGCUCCCAGAGAUGAUUCCUCCCUCAGAAAGGAGCACUCCGGUACAGACUCUCUCAGGCUACUUGGCCUCUGUAGGACCUGAGAUCUCGACGCUCGCAGAAAUGCGUCGUGACAGCUCGAGUUCCAUCGGAUCUGGGGAAUUUACUGGUGUGAAAGAGCUGGAUGACAUCAGCCAGGAGAUCGCACAGCUGCAGAGAGAGAAGUAUUCUCUAGAGCAGGACAUCCGAGAGAGGGAGGAGGUAAUCCGGCAGAAGACGACUGAAGUCCAGGAUUUGCAAAACGACUUAGACCGAGAAGCCAGCAGCCUGCAGGAGAUGGAGGCUCAGAAGCAGGAUGCCCAGGACCGCCUGGACGAGAUGGAGCAGCAGAAGGCCAAGCUGAAGGACAUGCUGAGCGACGUCAGGCAGAAGUGCCAGGAAGAGACGCAGGUGAUUUCAUCAUUAAAAAUGCAGAUUCAGUCCCAGGAGUCAGAUCUCAAAUCCCAGGAAGAUGACAUCAGUAGAGCAAAAGUAGAACUGAAUCGUCUGCAGCAGGAAGAGACCCAGCUAGAGCAGAGCAUCCAGGCUGGGAAAGUGCAGCUGGAAACCAUCAUAAAAUCUCUGAAAUCAACUCAGGAAGAAAUCAGUCAGGCAAGAAGCAAGCUUGCCCGGCUGCAGGAGAGCCAUCAGGAAGCCAGCAGAAACAUCGAUCAGUAUAAUGAAGCCCUGAAUGGAGUCCACGGUGGCAGCAUGACCAACCUGGCUGACCUGAACGAGGGAAACCCACCGAAGGACCGGGGCAGCUUUGGAACCUUGGACGAUCCGUUCAAGAACAAGGCCCUGUUCUUCGGCGGCGGCAGCAGCAGCACCCAGGAGCUGCACGUGGACCCCUUCCAGGCCGAAGACCCGUUCCGGUCAGACCCCUUCAAAGGAGCAGACCCCUUCAAAGGCAGCGACCCCUUCCAGAACGACCCUUUCGCGGAGCAGCCGGCUGCAGCAGCUGAUCCAUUCGGAGCAGAUCCAUUUAAAGAAAGUGACCCGUUCCAGACUUCUGCGCCAGAGGAUUUCUUUAAGAAGCCUGAGAAAAGUGAUCCAUUUGUGUCUGACCCAUUCUCAAAAAAUCCCACGCUGCCCUCGAACAAACCUCACAGCUUUGAGAACUCCGAUCCUUUCAUGACAGCGAGUCUCUCUUCGAAAGGCCCAGAUCUUUUUGGGACGUUGGAUCCCUUUGGCAGCGGUGCUUUCAAUAGCAGUGAAGGAUUUGCAGAUUUUAGCCGAAUGUCAAAGCCUCCAGCACCAGAUCCGUUCAACUCCUCUGUCGGAGGGGGUGGCUUUCCAGAUGACCCCUUCAAGAGUAAGCCCGACACUCCUGCUCUGCCGCCAAAGAAGAACAUGCCCCCCAGGCCCAAGUUACCAAGCGGUAAAAGUACUCCUGUAAGCCAACUUGGGUCUUCCGAUUUUGCCAAGCCCCCCGAUCCAUUCCAGCCAUUUGGGUUUGACAGCAGUGACCCGUUUCAGAGUAAAAAGGGGUUUGGGGACCUAUUUAGUGGAAAGGACCCGUUUGCUCCUCCUCCUCCCUCUUCAAGUAAACCUUCUAAAGACUCUUCCCGGGGGUUUGCUGACUUCAGCUCUCUUGGCAAUGAGGAGCAGCAGUUGGUGUGGGCCAAGCGUGAGAGUGAGAGGGCGGAGCAGGAGCGGCUGGCGCGGCUGCAGAGGCAGGAGCAGGAGGACCUGGAGCUGGCCAUCGCCCUCAGCAAGGCAGACAUGCCCGCCUCCUAAG